GAGGUGGAAUCUUUGGAAGGGUUGCUAUGGAGACACCGGAUGCCUGUUUCCACGGAAACCGGGGGCGGGGCUAUGCGGCUCCCAGCUUUGGAGAAACCGAUCUGUGUGUUCGAAUCCAGCCUCGGCCUAUUUCCUCUCCAGCUGUCAUAUAACCGCUUUUCUCCACUCCGAGGCGCUGAAAGUAUCCCAGAGUGAGAUGAUCAUGUCCCCGGGGCCCGCCAAUUAAGAAAGAGACUGUAUGCACGAUGCUUGGCACACGGAUGCCAGGCACUUGGGGAGAAGCCACAGCAGGAAAUAGGCCCUGUGACAGUUAUUCAUUUCCGUCCUCCAGCUCCUGAGGGCCAGCUGUCCUCCUCAGGGACCCCGUCUGCGGACAGACUGAGGGAUGGAAACUCCACAUCACCUUUUGGAAACUCAGGGCAAGGCGGGCGCUUCGUGAAUAAUUCGCCCCCUCUCCUCUUCCGCUCAAAGCCACAGUCUUGGCCUCAGGCCCCUGGCCUCUACCCCAAAGCCUUGCAGCAGGGGGAAGGGACACCCCCUCCCUGGGCUGAGCCUCUCCCUCCCCUCCCCCAGCUCUCUUCCCAGCCCCAGUCUACCCCCACCCCCCACCGUGUCCCCUUCCAUGGUCUGCUGUCUCGUCUCCCUCGGGCAGGCUUUGUCUCUGUCACCGGUCGUCUCUUUCAUCACCUAUAACUUUCCGCCUUUCUCGGCCGUCUCCGUCUCCUCCUCGUUUCUUCCCUCUCCUGUCUCUCCGUCUCCUGUGUCUCCCCAGGUCUCUCCCUCCUCUGUCUCUGUGACUCUCUGCCUUCUGUCAGCCCCUCUCUGUGACUGAUGAGGUUUCCCCUCUCUCUGCUGCCAGUGGGGACGCCGGAGGGGCCGGGGGUGGGGGGCCCCCCGCCCCCGCCCAGGCCUGGAGCCCGGCCUGGCAGCCUGUCUUGGAUCCGGGACGGCCAUUUCCUCUCUGGGCCCCGGAGUGCACUCGGGUUGCUCGGAGCUCAGGACGGGGCGGGAAGCAGGCUGCUGUCCCCGCGUGUCUGCUGGCGCGGGGCCUUUGUACCCGUUGGAGACACGGGGCCUGGGAUCCGGGGGCCUCCACCUCGGAGGUCCCACCAGACAGACCCUCAGCUCUUUUUCUGACUCGAGCCGGCGGCAAGCCUUGCUGGAUUCAGGUUGGACAGGUCUGCCAUGUGGGCGCCCCGGCUGCAGCUGCUGCUCCUGCUGGGCGCGUCGUGGGCGCGGGCGGGCGCCCCGCGCUGCACCUACACCUUCGUGCUGCCGCAGCAGAAGUUCACGGGCGCCGUGUGCUGGAGCGGACCGGCGGCCGCGCGGCCGGCGCCCGAGGCCGCGAACGCCAGCGAGGUGGCGGCGCUGCGCAUGCGCGUGGGCCGCCACGAGGAGCUGCUGCGCGAGCUGCAGAGGCUGGCGGCGGCCGACGGCGCCGUGGCCGGCGAGGUGCGCGCGCUGCGCAAGGAGAGCCGCGGCCUGAGCGCGCGCCUGGGCCAGCUGCGCGCGCAGCUGCAGCACGAGGCGGGGCCGGGGGCGGGGCCGGGCCCGGGGGCGGAGCCUGCCGCCGCGCUCGCGCUGCUCGGGGAGCGCGUGCUCAACGCGUCGGCCGAGGCGCAGCGCGCCGCCGCGCGCUUCCACCAGCUGGACGUCAAGUUCCGCGAGCUGGCGCAGCUGGUGAGCCAGCAGAGCGGCCUCAUCGCCCGCCUGGAGCGCCUGUGCCCGGGGGGCGCGGGCGGGCAGCAGCAGCAGGUUCUGCCACCGCCCCUGGUGCCGGUGGUCCCAGUCAGUCUGGUGGGUGGCACCAGUGACGCAAGCAGAAGGCUGGAUCCAGCCCCACAGCCAGAGAGAGACCAGGCCCUGAGACGGCAGGGGCCCCUGGCCUCUCCUGUGCCCGCAGGGCACCCUGCCGUCCCCACCAAGCCGGCAGGCCCCUGGCGGGACUGUGCAGAAGCCCAGCAGGCAGGCCACAAGCAGAGCGGGGUGUAUGAGCUGCGCAUGGGCCGGCUUGUGGUGUCGGCGUGGUGCGAGCAGGAGCUGGAGGGUGGCGGCUGGACAGUGAUCCAGCGGAGGCAAGAUGGCUCCGUCAACUUCUUCACGACCUGGCAGCACUACAAGGUGGGCUUUGGGCAGCCCGACGGAGAGUACUGGCUGGGCCUUGAACCUGUGUAUCAGCUGACCAGCCGUGGGGACCACGAGCUGCUGGUGCUCCUGGAGGACUGGGGGGGCCGGGGAGCACGUGCCCACUACGAUGGCUUCUCCCUGGAACCCGAGAGCGACCACUACCGCCUGCGACUUGGCCAGUACCACGGUGAUGCUGGGGACUCUCUUUCCUGGCACAACGACAAGCCUUUCAGUACCGUGGAUAGGGACCGAGACUCUUAUUCUGGUAACUGUGCCCUGUAUCAGCGGGGAGGCUGGUGGUACCAUGCCUGCGCCCACUCCAACCUCAACGGUGUGUGGCACCGCGGUGGCCAUUACCGGAGCCGCUACCAGGAUGGCGUCUACUGGGCGGAGUUCCGUGGCGGGGCGUACUCGCUCAAGAAGGCUGCCAUGCUGAUCCGGCCCCUGCGGCCGUGACUACGUGUCCAUCUGUCCCUCAGGCCCCAGGGGCCCCAGGCUGUCCUGGCCACACCUCCUUCGUGGCUCAGUGCUGACGUGUCCCACAGAACCUCCCAUGUUGGGGUCUGUUACCCCGGACGCCCCCCAAAUGGGCCCCAGGAACCCCCCGC